UCGAGUCUCAGCCUUCAGAAACGCUAUCAUGUUUAUAUUUGUGAUAAAUCUGCAGGGAGAACAACAGAACUUGUUCCUCCGCAGUGACAGAGCGUUUGAAAUCCUCUGAUAGGAGCUGAGGAGGGAGGAAACGUCGAGCCGUGGUCCUCCUCCUCCUCCUCCUCUUCGUCUCCGUCCUGCAUGAAUAAAAGUCUGCAGGUCUGCUCCAGUCUUCCACACAGACAGGAUGCACUCGUCCUCUGCCCGACCACGGACUCUGAAGGUGUGGUGUGUCCGGCUGUGUCUGUGUUUCUCCACCAUGUGUCUCUCCUCGGAGGCCGCCAGACUACGCUGUGGAUCCGACCUCCUCAGUGACCUCUUGUUCGUGUGUGGGGAUCGAGGAAUAUACUUGGGUAGAGGUUCGGGGUCUCGUUACAACACUCGGCCCCGGGGUAAAGGGAUCGUGGAUCAGUGCUGUCGACCUGCCGGCUGUGAACUUCAACAUCUGGAGCUGUACUGCGCUAAACCAAAGAGUCAGCCAUCGACCACGGCAUAUCCAUCAACGACAACAACAGCUUCACAAACCACCACAGAACCUGUCACGGCACAGCAGAUGUUCCAGACCGUGUUUCAGAAGAGACUUCUGCAGAACCUCGGGGCUCCCAACAGUCCAAAAAGAGACGCUUACAGAAAGAAAUCAAAGCCUUCACUGAGAGGGAAGAAUAAAGCUUCAUCAUGGCGCAGGAGGACGAACACGACCAGCGUGACUCCUUCAGCCUCCAGGGGUCAGACUCAAAGAGUGGCGAGUUCUGGAUCGUGACUUCAAUUCUCCUGAAAGAGUGAAUAUUCAAAGACCUGGACGGGUCCCAAAGACAGACGGUUACAGCUGAAAUACAAACUUAGAGAUUCUCCUCCUCUACGUCUGCAUCACAAAUUUGAAGAGUUCCAUGAUCGGAUCCUGCCUCAGGAUUGGCUGCUGUAGUGCUCGCCUUUGGUGCGUUUAAAUGCACAGCUAAGGCUAACUACAGUUAAAGCUUGAUUUAGCAGACUGGUUUAUGUAUGGAUGGACGACUGCACAGCUCUGUUUACAUCAUAAACGCUCUACUCUUUAUGUCUGGUACGGAUCUCCAGCUCUCUCUGUGUUAACAGUUUGAUUCUCCUGAACUGAGAGACGAUGAGACGGGUUUAGAAUGAUGUUAAUAUUUGUUUUUUAAUGCUGGCUUCACUAAGAUGUUGUGUUGCUGGUCCCGUCUGCUGAAGAUAUUUUUUUUAUUAUAUUUAUCAUUUACAUCCUGUAAGGCCUUUAAAGAUCAAAAUAACUUAUUCUGCAGCAUUUCACGUGCAUUUUUACACUUUUUAGAGCACUUUCUAACUGAAUAAUAGUCUUUAUCAGUUCACUCAGUACAUUUACAUGCACUGGACCGAGCUGUUAUAGCUCCAUUAGGAUGCUGAACUGGUAAAUGCCCUUGUCCCAGUAUAAAUGUCCAAAAGGGAAAUCCGUUUAUUGAUAUGAUUUAAUGUUGCACUACUUGUGCAAAACAAAAGGCUUCAUCUGGUCUGAUCUGAAGUAUUGGUUCUUGUAAAUUUACGACUUUCAAAAUCAAAAAUGUUGACUUUUUCUCGUAAAAUUUUGACUUUUCAAUCACAAAAAUGUUUUUUUUCUUCUUGUGUUUUUAAGACAUCUUAAACUUAAAUAAUAGGAUUUUCCCCCUCGUAAAUUCAGGACUUUCUAAACUCAAAAUCUUUAAUUCAUUUCCUCAUAAAUUUGUGACUUUCAAAAUCUCAAAUUUUAAUUUUUAAAAUAAAAUUGAGAUUUUACAAACGUGAACAUUUUAAAUAUUUUUCGUAUUAAUUUAUGACAUCAUAAUCUCAUAAGAUUGUAUUUUUUUCUCAGGAAUUUCUGACCUUCUAGUUGAAAAAGAGGGAUUUCUUUCCCCUCAUAAGUUUCAGACUUUCAAACUUCAAACUUCAAUACUUUGAUUUUUUUCAUGUGGUAGUGACUUUUAAGCUUGAAAUUUUUUUUUUUGUAAAUUUGUGACUUUCUAAAAAGUGAAAAACAGGAUUUUUUCACCUUAUGAAUUUAAAACUUAAAAAAAGUUUUCUCAUAAUUUUCUGAUUCUUAAACUCUAAAAAAUUUUUUUAUAAAAAUAAUACUUC